CCCCUCUCCCCUCUCCCAAUCGGGCGCACCCACCCCAGAUGCCGCCUGGCACCGAGCGCAGCCGCCGCCGCCGCCGCAGCAGCAGCACUUUCCACUUGUAUUGAUCACCUCCCGGCCCCGCUGAGCCUGCUCGCCGCAGCGGAGCGCGGCCAGCGCGCCAGCCCUUGGCAGCCCCGGAGCACUCGGGCUCCGGGAGGCAACUCCUUGCGAGCGCCCUGUCCGGGGUGCCCUCUGCGCUCUGCAGUGUCUUUCUCUCUGUCUGGGAGCAGAAGAAGGAGGAGGAGGAGAGGGAGGAGGAGGAGGAGGAGGAGGAGGACGUCUGGUCCGGGCUGAGAGGUGGAGCAGCGGCAGCAGCCGCCGCCGGAAAGGGAGAGGCAGGAGAGACCGAGACUUGGAAACCCCAAAGUACCCGCGACCCUGCACGGCAGGCUCCCUUCCAGCUUCAUGGGCAAAGUGUGGAAACAGCAGAUGUACCCUCAGUACGCCACCUACUACUACCCCCAGUAUCUUCAAGCGAAGCAGUCUCUGGUCCCAGCCCACCCCAUGGCCCCUCCCAGCCCCAGCACCACCAGCAGUAAUAACAACAGUAGUAGCAGUAGCAGCUCAGGAUGGGAUCAGCUAAGCAAAACGAACCUCUAUAUCCGGGGGCUGCCUCCCAACACCACAGACCAGGACCUGGUGAAGCUGUGUCAGCCAUAUGGGAAAAUUGUUUCCACGAAGGCAAUUUUGGAUAAGACAACGAACAAAUGCAAAGGUUAUGGUUUUGUCGACUUUGACAGUCCUGCAGCAGCUCAGAAGGCUGUGUCUGCCCUGAAGGCAAGUGGGGUUCAAGCUCAAAUGGCAAAGCAACAGGAACAAGAUCCUACCAACUUGUAUAUUUCUAAUUUGCCACUGUCCAUGGAUGAGCAAGAACUUGAAAAUAUGCUGAAACCAUUUGGACAAGUUAUUUCUACAAGGAUACUACGCGAUUCCAGUGGGACAAGUCGUGGUGUUGGCUUUGCUAGGAUGGAAUCAACAGAAAAGUGUGAAGCCGUUAUUGGUCAUUUUAAUGGAAAAUUCAUUAAGACGCCACCCGGAGUUUCUGCUCCUACAGAACCUUUAUUGUGUAAGUUUGCGGAUGGAGGACAGAAGAAGAGACAGAACCCAAACAAAUACAUCCCUAAUGGACGACCGUGGCAUAGAGAAGGAGAGGUGAGACUUGCUGGAAUGACACUUACUUAUGACCCAACCACGGCUGCUAUACAGAACGGAUUUUACCCUUCACCAUACAGUAUUGCUACCAACCGAAUGAUCACUCAAACUUCUAUUACACCCUAUAUUGCAUCUCCUGUGUCUGCCUACCAGGUGGCAAAGGAAACCAGAGAAAACAAGUAUCGGGGCUCUGCUAUCAAGGUGCAAAGCCCUUCUUGGAUGCAACCGCAACCGUAUAUCCUACAGCACCCCGGUGCCGUGUUAACUCCCUCAAUGGAGCACACCAUGUCACUACAGCCCGCAUCUAUGAUCAGCCCUCUGGCCCAGCAGAUGAGUCACCUGUCACUAGGCAGCACCGGAACAUACAUGCCUGCCACGUCAGCUGUGCAGGGGGCCUACCUGCCACAGUAUACCCACGUGCAGACGCCGGCGGUUCCUGUGGAGGAGGCGAGUGGUCAGCAGCAGGUGGCUGUAGAGACGUCUAAUGACCAUUCUCCAUAUACCUUUCAACCCAAUAAGUAACUGUGAGAUGUACAGAAGGGUGUGCUUAAAUGAAGAAGGUUGUGAAGGCUGAACAAUCAUGGAUUUUUCUGAUCAAUUGUGCUUUAGGAAAUUAUUGACAGUUUUGCACAGGUUCUUGAAAACGUUAUUUAUAAUGAAAUCAACUAAAACUAUUUUUGCUAUAAGUUCUAUAAGGUGCAUAAAACCCUUAAAUUCAUCUAGUAGCUGUUCCCCUGAACAGGUUUAUUUUAGUA